AUAGAGCUGGGCAUUGAGCUUUGAAAGUUCACUAGUUGACAGUAAUGUUCUGCAAACAACUUCCUGUUUACUACAAGGACUAGUUUUACUUGACCUGUGUCAUACCUCGUAUUUUUUCACUUGCUAAAUUUGACUUGAAACACUGCCUGGGCCACAGUUUGACCCUGGAACAGAUGAAUUGACUUGAUGUGAUUGUCUAUAAGGAGAAGAAGCACCACUCGAUGGAAUGUUUGUGCGCCUUCAUCCUCUUAAGUGUCUCUCCCCUACCUCCCCCCAUGCAGAAGUGAAGAUGUGUUUAUGUCUGCAGAAAAAGUGGUUGCCAAAUGCUGUGCUGCAUUCCCACACAACUAGGAGCCAGGACGCGUCAGGAGAGGAUCUUCCAAAGACGACUCGAGGGAUGAUGAUCAUAAAGUGUUGGAUGUCGCUUCAGCUUCUUCUGGGACACGUCUUGACGCUCCUGGCAGUCCAUCCAUCCUCCAGCAGCAGACUUGUGGCUUUGAGAGAAGAAGAAAGAUGUCCUCUUUUCUUUCCUCCUCUUCCUCCGCCAUUGUUUCCUCCCCUGCAGCACAGACAGGAAGUGACGGUUGAUAUAACAGAAUUCAUCACUGGACCUCAAGGGGAGAAGGGGGAAUCAGGUGUGAUGGGUCCCCAAGGAGAGAAAGGACUAUCAGGAGCAAUAGGAAAACCUGGUCACAAGGGAGAGAAAGGCUUCCGAGGCUGGCGAGGUCUUGAAGGUGCACCAGGAUCAGCGUGCGUGUUGAAGGGCAAUAAAGGACCAGCAGGUUUGCGUGGAGGCCAGGGCCUCAAAGGAGACCCAGGACCCUCAGGAGAUCCUGCUCAUCCAGGUGUCCCUGGCACGCCUGGACAUAAGGGUGACCCAGGCCUGCGUGGAGGUCCAGGUGUUGAAGGUGUCCAGGGUCCCAGAGGAGAGCCUGGUCUGAGAGGAACUAAGGGUUUGAAAGGACUUGGUGGACCUUCCGGACCGUUGGGUCACCUUGGAGCAGUUGGAGCGCCUGGUUUGACGGGACAACCCGGACUUCCUGGACAAGUGUUCCUUCUAGAAGGUCUACAGGGAGAAGCAGGAAGUCCAGGACCUCCAUCCUCAUCAUGCGGCUGCUCGCCACACCCCCGCCAACAACCCAGGCCACAUCGGGUCCAGAAGAUUUUCAUCGCAGACGGAGAAGAAGCUUUGAGGAAGCUGCAGAAGGAGAACACCAUGGUUCUACGUACUGACAAGAAGGCUCUUUACAUCUUCACUGAGCAGCAGUGGGUCAACGUACUGGAACAUGGCUUCCAUGAUGGAAUGUGGAUGGUGCAACAUGGCUUCCAUGAUGGAAUGUGGAUGGUGCAACAUGGCUUCCAUGAUGGAAUGUGGAUGGUGCAACAUGGCUUCCAUGAUGGAAUGUGGAUGGUGCAACAUGGCUUCCAUGAUGGAAUGUGGAUGGUGCAACAUGGCUUCCACGAUGGAAUGUGGAUGGUGCAACAUGGCUUCCAUGAUGCCAUGUGGAUGGUGCAACAUGUUUCCAUGAUGCAACAUGAAUGGUGCAACAUGACAUCCAUGUUACACGUGUGGUGCAACAUGGUGUCAAUGUAUUACUUGUGGUACAACAUGAUGCAAUACCAGUGGUGCAACAUGGUGUCAAUGUAUUACUUGUGGUACAACAUGAUGCAAUACCAGUGGUGCAACAUAGUGCCCAUGAUGUAA